AUGCUUACCAUAGCCAUCUCCGGCCUCGACUUCGACCAGCUCGUGGCAGAUCACGCUAGAGAAUUCAAUCAGUUCUACGACCUCCUUCCUCGGACGCCAGCAAUGUCCGAGGAAGAAAAUUACAAAAUUAUCCCUCUCAUCUCUCUGCAGGUGACUCUCUUUCCGGGCCGGGGAAUCUGCUUAGGUUUGAGCAAUCACCAUAGCCUCGGCGACGACAGAUCAAUCUUCGGGUUCGUAAAGGCGUGGGCUAUGAUCAACAAAUCCGGAGAUGAUGAGGUGUUUGUUUCUAGAAACGAAAAAUCUCUGCCGUUUUUUGAGAGACCAAUCUGCAAAGAUUCUAGUAGACUUAGUGGAAUAUUCUGGGAAGCAAUGAAGAAGAUUCCUUUAAAGCCGGGGGCGACGCAUCCAUUGCCGACCAAUAGAGUGAGAGCUUCGUUCAUCCUCCGCCAAUCCCACAUAAUAAAGCUCAAGAAUCUGAUCUUGUCGGCGAGGCCAAACAUAGAUCGAGUCUCCACUUUUGUGGUUGCGGCGGCCUAUGUCUGGACCACAUUGGCGAAAUCCUUGGAUCCCGCUGGAGAUGAAGAUGAAGAUGAGGUGUUCUUUAUUACGGCUGACGGCACGGGGCGGCGGAACGCGCUGUUCGAUCCACCAGUGGCGGUGAAUUACUUCGGCAAUUGCUUAGGUAGCGGGAGGGUGAGAGUGGAGCAUCGGAAGUUGACGGCGGAGGAUGGAUUUGUUGCGGUCGCGGAGGCUAUCGUUGAUGUGAUAAAGAGAAAAAUCGGACUCAUCAUCGACCUCCCAACCACCAAACUCAAACCAACCUGA